AUGGCCAUUGACGAGGCUAAAGCCGCUGCAGUAAAAGCAAAGCUCCAGGAGCGCGAGGAACACAUCCGGGAAUCCUGGGUCCGCGCCAUGGAGGCACGGCUGGUCCGAGAGGAACUAGAGAAAUGCCAGAAGGCCGAAGGGGUGAACCACUACGAGAAUUGCAAAUGGUUGUCGGAGAAGUACCUCACUAUGCUGAAAGACAGCCAGGUGCGCCGUGUUUCGUUAAACCAAAUUAUAGGUACUGACGAGUUCCCUGCACCCGCGUCCCAGGUCAAGGGAUACAAGCGUAUAGAAGUGUAG